AUGUCAGGGCUCAAAAACUCGCCACGAAACCGUCCUCGGUUCAAUCCGAUAUUUGGCACUUCCGAUUUAUCUUCAACCCCUUCUUUGGAUUCGAGGCCGACGACAAGUGAAAGCAGUGGUGCACCAGAAACGCCUGUUGACUAUCCAAGGCAUUCAAGGGAUUAUGGUGAUAGAUUUGUGCCAACGCGAGACGGUGGUGAUAUGCGGACGUCGUACCAUUUGAUGGACCAUGGCCCGGCCACUCCUUCAAAGAAAAACAGGAUAAUACCUUCGGAAUUGGACGCGUUGAAAGAACAAGCCAACCAUCUUUUUACCGACAUUCUCCAUAACGAACCAACGGCCUCCACAUCCACUCUUCCUGCAACACCAUCUCGGAAGCGCUUGUUCACGUACCAUUCUCCAUCUAUUUCUAACCCAUCCACCCCUACCCGUCGUCUCGACUCACCCAACGAUGAAGCCUAUUCUAUGAGCCCAGUGCGCGCUGAGAGCCGACAUCUUCUAGAAAGCCCACGCAGAAAGCUCCGGAGCGUAUGCAAAACCCCUUACCGUGUUCUGGAUGCUCCAGAGCUGGCCGAGGACUUCUAUCUCAACCUCGUCGACUGGUCAAGCACCAAUGUCCUAGGUGUUGGCUUGGGCUCUUGUGUGUAUCUAUGGACCGCCCACAAUGCCGUCGUAUCGAAACUUUGCGAUCUUACCAACACGACUGAUGUCAUUAGCUCGGUCUCUUGGGUACAAAAAGGAUCGACACUAGCCAUUGGUACACUAUCUGGCCGCCUCCAUAUCUACGACGCGGUAGCACUCAAGCUCUUACGCACCUACCAGGAGGCGCACACCCAACGGAUAGGUGCCCUUGCUUGGAAUGCUCAUGUCCUCUCGUCCGGUUCUCGAGACCGUUCGGUUCACCAUCGAGAUGUCACCGACAGGAAGUUUGCGGCUUUGAAAUGGAGCGCGAACGCUGGACCCAUGGAAGCCAACCUUGCUAGCGGUGGUAACGACAACAAGGUGUGCAUCUGGGAUUUGCGAGGGUCCAGGCGAGCCGCUACUUCGAGAAAUCCGACUAAUGCGGAUGACUCGAUGUCCGGAGAUGCGCCGCUGUGGAAAUUCCAUGAACAUACUGCUGCGGUCAAGGCUCUGGCGUGGGAUCCUCAUAUUCCCGGGGUUCUUGCAACAGGUGGCGGAACUCAGGACAAGCAUAUCCGAUUCUGGAAUACGAUCAAUGGUACCAUGUUGAAUGAGCUUGAUACUGGUAGUCAGGUGUGCAACCUCAUAUGGUCUUUGACGUCGCAUGAACUUGUGUCCACCCACGGCUUUUCGUCGACCACCGCCCAGAACCAGAUCUGUAUAUGGAAAUAUCCAGCCCUUAGCAUGGUUGCGUCGUUGACAGGGCAUACCAAUCGUGUCUUGUACCUGGCCAUGAGUCCGGACGGUGAAACAAUUGUCACGGGUGCUGGUGACGAGACGCUGAGAUUCUGGAAUGCUUUCCCCAAGAAAGAGUCCAGCAGGCCCGACGUGGACAGUGUCCUAGACUAUGGCAAGCUCAUUCGAUAACCCUAUGAUUCGAUUUCGGUUCUCCUCGUGCUGCUCGCAUUUCAUUAUAUCCCCUACUGCAAACUUUGCUUCCAUCUACGUAUUACACUGCAUAUUUCACUCUCUACGCUCGCAUCCAUCAUCGCAUAUCAACCUGCACAACUACAUAUAUGCCUCGUUCUAACAGAAAACCGAUGUAUUACCGAUCCCAUAGUCCAGUAAAUAGGUCCUUUUAAACAGUAUUCCCCUUCGUUAUGCUCCUUUCCUCUCUUGUCAUGUUGUGAUUUUUCUAUUGGCUUGUAGGCUUAGUUUUGCGUAUUAUAGUUAUGUCUCUUUGGUCUUUUCUUAUGUUAUGUUGGUUCUGUACUGAAAUUUCGUUGCUCCAAGUUUGGUUCGUCUGAAGGUAAGGGCACUCAUUGUACACACCAGCGGGUCGAAAGAGUCCCUUUCGCAACUUGAUAAUUGUACCAUCGACUAUGGAGUUUCAAAGGAACCCAUUUGAGUCUACAUUCC